AUGAGUUCAUCGCCAGAGGUCCUUGCGCUGCCAGGCGGCCAGCCCCCGCCCAUCUAUGUUCCUCAGCACCCGUUUCAUGUUGCGUGUGCCCUGCCGAAAGCGAGGCGGAAGCCUGUGCGCGUGCACUUGCAGAAGUAUCCCGACGACAUAAACGUCCCAGAGGAUGCCCCAACGAAGUACACGCCUCUUCACUUUGCGUGCAUGAGCGGCGACCUUAAGUUGGUCAAAUUUCUCAUCAAACGCGGGGCGCACAUUCGAGCCGGCGACUACUUGGACCGAACACCAGCAGACAUUGCGAUCAUGUACCACCACAAGCGGAUUGCCUUGUACUUGCUCACCUUGGAGCGGGAGGGGCUGACAGCUGAGUGA